AUGUCGGCAGCGGCAGCAGCUGCAGCAGCAGCAGCAAACCAAGGGUCGGUGGAAGGGUCUCCGACAACUGGAGCCUCUGCGGCUGGGCGUGAAGGCUAUCCGCCUUCUUCGGGAGCAGGAGAAGGGCCCCAGGCGCAGCAGCAGUCUUAUCCCUUUGUGCUGCAGCACCAGCUGUUGUCGCAGGGUAUAUCUCACGGCUACCCGGGCAUGCUGGAUGGGGGGGCCCCCGUGGACCCAACGCAGGCUCAGGUCGCGGCCUUCGCCAACCAGGCUGCGAUGUAUGGGCCUUAUGGGUCUCCCUAUGCCCUCAACAUUCCUGCUCCUCCUCCGGGAGGCCCGUACUACCCCGGUCUGGGGGCGCACGUCCCCUUCGCUAGCACGGAGACCUUCAGCCUCCCGGGCCCCGCCUACUAUGACCCCUAUGGAAUGCUCAACCCUGCUGCAUGCGUUACUCCUGUGCCUCCCCCUGAGAACCGCGAAGCUGAGCAGCCCAAACACCUCCGCCGAAAGGCCAACAAAAAGUGGUUUGGGUGCUGCUAA